UGUUAAAUUUGGACCUUAUCACUAUCAGUUUAUUAUCAAAUCUUAGCUUAUGCAAAUGAGUAAAUUGUCACCACCAUUUGAUGAUACAGUACAACUGGAAGAAAUGCCUGUUGACUUUCCCGAUUCAGACACGGCUCCCAUUGUGCCAUCGUCUGACCUCCAAGACAAUGAAGUCAUCGAUGCCACGGUGCCCAAACAUCAGGUUGAGGAUGGCAGUCACGUGAACAGUAUCAUUAGCAACAAAGCUGCAGCAGUUACUGUUUUUACACUUCUCUUCAUCAACCUGCUAAACUACAUGGACAGAUUUACCAUAGCAGGGGUUCUACCAGAAGUUGAAAAGUACUAUGGCAUACAUAACACUAGAGCUGGACUGAUUCAGACGUCGUUCAUUAUUGUGUACAUGUUGUGUUCGCCAGUGUUUGGUUACCUUGGUGACAGGUACAGCAGAAAGUACAUCAUGGCCGCAGGAAUUUUCUUUUGGUCUGGCUUCACCUUGUCGGCAUCUUUCGUACCGAAAGACGCAUUUUGGGCAUUUAUUGUCUUAAGAGCUCUGGUUGGAAUUGGUGAAGCUAGUUACUCCACGAUCGCCCCAACAAUAAUAGCAGAUCUUUUUGCAAAAGAGAUGAGAACAAAAAUGCUUAUGGUAUUUUAUUUUGCCAUUCCAGUAGGCAGUGGACUUGGUUAUAUUGUUGGAUCAAAGUUUGCGCAGUUAAUGGGCAGCUGGGAAUGGGCACUUAGAAUUACUCCUACACUGGGCAUUAUUUGUGUGAUCCUGAUCAUCAUUGUGUUAAAAGAACCCCAGCGAGGAUUGUCUGAUGGAGCCACCCAUCUGAAAAACACCAGCGUCACCAAGGAUCUCGUCAGUCUUCUGCACAAUAAAAGUUUCAUUUUGUCCUCAGUGGGAUUUACGUGUGUUGCCUACGUGACUGGUGCUUUAGCUUUCUGGGCACCCACGUUCAUGUUGAACUCCAUAAAAGUACAAGGCCACAAUGAAAGCUUGUCUACAGUAUCGUUAAUAUUCGGUGUGCUCACAGUGUUAGCUGGUUUGAUUGGUGUGGCUCUAGGGGCGGAAACAGCUCGGAGAUACAAAAGAAAAAAUCCACGCGCUGACCCACUGAUUUGCGCAUUUGGAAUGUUGUCCUGUGUUCCAUUUUUAUUUCUAGCACUCUUUACAUCCCAGUAUAAUACACCAGCCACAUGGGUUUUAAUAUUUUUAGGAGAAGUUAUGUUGUGUUUAAAUUGGCCUAUUGUAGCUGAUAUGUUAUUGUAUGUUGUUAUACCAACAAGACGAUCUUUAGCUGAAGCAUUCCAGAUUUUGGUGUCUCAUUUAUUUGGGGAUGCUGGGAGUCCAUAUCUAAUUGGACAAGUAUCAGAUGUUUUGGCAGUAUACUUCAGUAGUUCACCCAAGAGUGCGUUUGUCAAGUUUGUCACAUUGCAGUACGCCCUGUACUCAACACCUUUUGUCUGUGUUAUUGGAGGUGGAGCAUUUCUGGCCACGGCCCUAUUUAUAGAAGCAGAUAGAAAGAAGGCUGAAGAUCUUGCUAAAGGUCCUGACCUGUCGGACAGCAACGAAGCGCUUGAUGCUCAGGUAGAACGAUCGCUCCAGGAGUUCAUAUGAACAGCCACUUGAAAUAUGGCAGGGCAUGACUUUUCCAUUAACAAGAUUUGAAUGCAAAGUAUGGGUCGAUUUUAAGUACUGUUGCUAAGAGUGACCAGGCUAUAAUUGUAAAAGAAGGAGCACUAUCACAAGGCAGCUAUACAAGUGACUAGAAUUCUGUGGCAACUGUUGAAUCAUUCAUUAUGCAGAUACUCGAGCACAAAAGUUUGAAAUACGGUCUCAAGCAUACGUUUCUGAAAUACCAACUUGAAGGCAAUAUUACUGAUUAUGAUUUUCCCAGAAUUAUUUUCAUAGCAAGACAUUAUUUUAUUCCACUUUGAAGUGAAUACUGAGUUGAUCCAAUAUGAAACGGGAAUAUUGUAUAUUACUGGUAUUGUUUUCUUACUUAAACAAAAAUUAUUUAAAAAACCAUCACAAAUGUAUAUAUAUAGAUGUGAAGAUAUUGGAAUGGGAUCAGGGGCAAACCAUCACAAAUGUAUCUACACAGAUGUGAAGAUAUCGGAAUGGGAUCAGGGGCAAACCAUCACAAAUGUAUAUACACAGAUGUGAAGAUAUCGGAAUGGGAUCAGGGGCAAACCAUCACAAAUGUAUAUACACAGAUGUGAAGAUAUUGGAAUGGGACCAGGGCAAAUCAUCACAAAUGCACAGUUAGAGUACUUCUCCAUGAAACUGCAGAAUUCCAUGAAAAGUACACACAAACACACACACACACACACACACACAGAAUCCCUUAACAAAAGGAGAAAAUGACAUAAAAAUAGAUCAAAAUGUAUAUUGUUUUCACUUUACAUGAUGAGAACAACUGAGUACUUCUCCAUGAAACUGCAGAAUUCCAUGAAAAGUACACACACACACACACACACACACACACAGAAUCCCUUAAAAGGAAAAAAUGACAUAAAAAUAUAUCAAAAUGUAUAUUGUUUUCUCUUUACAUGAUGAGGACGACAAAUUAAGCAAGAGGAAUAAAAACAAGUGUUGUAGCUUUCAUGCAGGCACAGUCAUGUUUAUCAUCACAUAGUGUACAUAUUCAUACUGUAAGAAGACAUUUGCCAUCAGUUUUGUUGAAAGCAAUAUUUUCCUUCAGUACUAUACUUGAACACAGACUGAGAAGAAUAGCGAAGCAGCAGUAUUAUCACUUUUAUGUGCAGAAACAAUACGUAUCUCAGUUAGGAUAAUUGCUUCAUGUGCAAUGGGCUGUAAAAUCUAUCACUCUUGAGGAAUCCAUUGGCUCAUUUUCCAUUCCAACCUGUGCUCCAUGUAUAUCAAAGGUCUUGGUAUGUACUGUCCAGUCUGGGAAAGUGCACACUAAGUACCACUUGCUGCUAAUUCAUCAGAAAGAUUAUAUGAUGGCAGGGGUUGUUUUUCUCAAUGUCAAGACCAAGUAUUAAAAUUGCCAUUUGUUGUGAUACCUUCUAGUCACAGAUUAAAUAAUGUGUAGGUUAAUGAACAUUCUUUUCUUUCCAUUGUAAUACGGGACUACAUAACAGCAUUGUGCACCUUGGAUUAAAAAAACCCUGUUCCAUGUCAUUCCAUACACAAAACAAAACUUGAAUCAAUGGUACCUAAGAAUGGGUGAGAUUUGCUGUAUGUUUCUUGACAAUUCAUCAUCACUUGUGAUGUUAUUAGUUUUAAAUAUUCAAGAUAGAACUACCAGCUUUGAGAAUGUUCAUAUGAAAACACAAGUAUUUGUGAAAGACCAAUGUACAGUGAAACCACUCAAAACCACUUAAAUAUCUGUACAGAAGAGAACCUCUCUAAACCGGAUACCUCUUAAAACCAGACUUUUUACUUGGUCCCAAGGGUGUCCGGUUUAGGGGAGUUUCACAGUACAUUGUCCAUAUUGUAUUGUCAGGGCAAAGGAAAAAGAAGGAAGAGGUGGACAUGUGCCUUGACAUAGUGGAUGAUUAUAAACAGUUGAUUGGCUGUUGGGAAGUUCAAACCACGCUAUGGGCAUAGUAGGAGGGGGGGAAUACACUUGUUGAGAGGUACCGUUAAGUAUUGAUGAAUAAAAAAAAGAAGAGAAAUGAUACAGUUUGGCCCAUAACUUGAUUUCAUUUAUGUCAACACACAAAUUACAACUUUGCUCUUUUACGUUAUUUUAGCCUCAUCCGAAACAAUUCUAAUGCCCAGUUUUUAUUUAGAGUAUGAGUUUUCUUUUGUGACUUUACAAACAUUUUCACCAUUUUGUUAUUUAUUGGAAUUGUUAUAUACAGUUUGUAAUAUUUAAAAUCCUCUUGGUGUGUAGUUUUUGUUUUAUUGGUACUUUUGUUGGCUGGAUUAUUGUUAUGUAACAUCUCUAAAAAUUAAAGUCACUGAUUUUAGUUUCCAAGGUAUGUAACUUCUUCUGUUUUGCAUAAAGUUUACAUUUGGGGUUGGCUUACUGUAAAUAUCAGGAUGACCAGAAACACAUUGGAUUCACACACAAAAAAAGAAGAAGAUAAUUUAAGCAAGAAAUUGUAAGUAAUGUGUAAUUUAUUGUAACAAAAAGCGGUAAUAUUAAUAGAUGAAAAUAUUUUACAUUUUAUAAUAACUAGUGUAAGUGUUUUUAACAUUUAAAAACCUUGAUAUUGGAAAAUAUGUGCAAACUGUUUUGGCACACUUUUGCUUUAUAAAUGUUGAGGAUGGGGUCUUCCUUCCCCCCCCCCCCCCCCCCCCCACCAGUCUACAUUAAUAGCCUUGAAAUAUGCAUUUAGUAAACCUACUCUCACAGAAAUAACCAAUAAUGUCAGUUGACUAAGUUAAUGUGAUCGUCAAAAUGACUGAACUUAAUUGCUGGCAUCAGUAGAAAGGUUGUCUUCACCAAAUGGUUUUAAUAAUGGUUUUGGUGUAUUCAAUGGAACUCCGAGCUUGUAUUCUGAGCUUUAUACUAAUUGUGCUUUGACUCGAGCAAUGGUGAUUAACACUUUGAAUUUAUUCAUUAGAUGGGAACAUAUAGUUUAUACUAAUAUGCUGUUUAUUACAUAAUAUUUGAGUUUUAAACAAUGUGACUCGAUGAAAUUAUUAUAAGAAAUGGAAAGUGAUAACAUUUUCAGAUCUAAUGAACAAAAAGAUCUCCUGGCCCGUGGUGAGGAGAACCGAAAAAACCCGGUUGUGACGGCAGUGUUUCAACCACUAAUUACCUUUGUUGGUUGACUUAUAGAAUAGUUUCUUUUGAAUUUAAAUAUAGUACCAAAACACACAUGCCAAAUAAUACUUAAUAUAUGAAACUAUUCUAAUUCUCUGCACUAACAGUCUUGAAUAAAAAUAUACAAAUGAA